GACUUGCGAGGGUGGUUUAUAAUAACAGUGUGGCUAGCUAGAUUUAUGGACUCAAACAAAUCAAGUAUGCAAACGAGUCUCUGUUUAUUGUGGAAUUAUUUUGCGCUGAAGCACGAAGAAACAAAUGUAGAUAGUUCUGAGAUGCGUGCUGUUUAAACUCGCACCUCAAUGUAGAGGUGGUUUUCAUAAAUCAUGAUAACCAAUUAGACAGCUAGAUCUAGCGGAUACUAGCACAGCUGCUAGUUUGUCGAGGGAGCUAAUAGCGAAAACGAGUUGACAACUGAGUUGACACUGGACAAAACGUUUUGCUCUCGUUUUACACAUUAUAAUAUAUCAUGUAAAACGCCGAGUCUCAGAGUGAGACAAGAACAUCGUAUUUCCAAGAUUGCUUUGUGGUUGAUAUCACUGCAAUUUCACGGAUAACCCCGUUUGGCUUGGCUUAGCAAGCUAGCUAACUAGCUCUUCUGUUAGUUAGCUAGCAGAACAUUCCCUAUUUAUAUCCGUUCUACUGGAAAUGGUAGACGCUCUGAUGUACUCAUGGAGAAGGCGGCCUUUGAGGGGUGGCUGGAAUCGGUCUCCGCCUCCUACCUGGCGCUGAGCGACGCGCAGCGGAACCAGUCGCUGGACCGGCUGAUCUCGGUGAGCGGCGCGGCCCAGCUGAAGCACCUGUCGACGGGGCUGGAGACGCUGCUGAAGAGGGACUUCCUGCGCCUGCUGCCGCUAGAGCUGGCCUUUUAUCUGCUGCGCUGGCUCGACCCCGACACGCUGCUCACCUGCUGCCUCGUCUGCAAGCAGUGGAACAAGGUGAUCAGCGCCUGUACCGAGGUGUGGCAGGGCGUGUGCCAGGAGCUGGGCUGGCGCAUCGACGACGACAUCCAGGACCCGCUGCACUGGAAGCAGAUCUACCUGAAGGCCAAGCGCCGCACCAGGCAGCUGCGGGAGGAGGAGGCCUUCGAGACCUCCUCGCUCAUCGGACACAGCGCCCGCGUCUACGCCCUCUACUACAAAGACGGCCUCCUCUGCACAGGUUCAGAUGACCUCUCUGCCAAGCUGUGGGAUGUCCGCACCGGCCAGUGCAUCUAUGGCAUCCAGACGCACACCUGUGCCACUGUCAAGUUCGACGAGCAGAAGCUGGUGACCGGCUCCUUUGACAACACCAUUGCAUGCUGGGAGUGGAGCACGGGCGCCAGGAUUCAGCAGUUUCGCGGGCACACGGGAGCAGUGUUCAGUGUGGACUAUAAUGAUGAGCUGGACACCCUGGUGAGUGGCUCUGCUGACUUCUCCGUCAAGGUGUGGGCUCUGUCGGCAGGGGCCUGCCUCAACACGCUCACCGGCCACACGGAGUGGGUCACCAAGGUUCUUCUGCAGAGAUGUGAGGUGGAGUCCAUGAUGCACAGUCCUGGGGACUACAUCCUACUGAGUGCUGACAAGUAUGAGAUCAAGGUGUGGCCCAUUGGCAGGGAGAUCAACUGCGAGUGCUUGAAGACGCUGUGUGUGUCGGAGGACCGCAGUGUGUGUCUGCAGCCGCGGCUCCAGUUCGACGGCCGCUACAUCAUCUCCAGCUCUGACGUGGGCCUCUACCAGUGGGACUUCGCCAGCUUCGACAUCCUCAGGGUCAUCAAGACGCAGGACUUCACCAACCUGUCUCUGCUGAGCUUCGGCAGUGUGUUUGCCCUGCUGUUCGACCACAGCUACCUGUACGUGAUGGACCUGCGCACGGAGGGCAUCACGGGCCGCUGGCCGCUGCCCGCCUACCGCAAGUCCAAGCGCGGCUCCAGCUUCCUGCCGGGGGCCACCGCCUGGCUCAACGGCCUGGACGGCCACAACGACUCGGGCCUGGUGUUCGCCACCAGCAUGCCCGACCAUAGCAUUCACCUGGUGCUGUGGAGGGAGAACGGCUAGAGGGUGACCAACAACACACCACCCACCUCGCCCACCUAAUCUAACAAGAGACUGGCCUGGAUGGACAGACAGACGUGUGGGGAUUGUGUGUGUGUGGACUGACAGAGGGGGGGGAGGUGGGGGUCAUCUCCGCCAGUGUUGGAGGAGUGGGGGACACAGAGGGGGAGGGAAAGGGGGGUGGUCCAUCUCUGCCAGUGUUGGAGGUGAGCGUGAGAGACUGAGGGCGAGGAGGGAGGAGAGAUUGGAGGAGACAUAGCCAAGGGUGCUCUUUAAACUUCAAACAAUGAAACAAACAACUGAAAAAGAAAAACAAAACGGCCAACUUGGAUAAUGCAUGGACCAAAGUCUUCUCGUUAUUGGAGGGUUGGGGUGGGAGGGGGUGGGGUAUUUUUUUAUUAUAAGUCUAAUAAUUAUUUUGCUUUUAAGUUGACAUGACUAUUUUUUUUAAACAUACUGGCAAAUUCAUAACUACAUUUGCAAACGCAGACACGCAUGCGCUCACACACACACACACACACACACACACACACACACACACACACACACACACACACACACACACACACCGCUUUUAGAUAGUGUGAGUAGAGCAUACAGAAGCUGUGUCAUUGUCAGCAGAGUGUGAGCGGUGAUGCACACAGGCUAAGGUGGGCAGCAGUAGCACACCACCACCACCACCACCAUCAUCAUCAUCAUUGUUUUUCUUCGUCCUCUUCUAUUCAUCAUCUAACCUUUUGGCCCGCUCUACAUCCCCAUUCCUCACAAGAGAAUAGACUCCUCAUAACAUGGGGACAAAUAAAGACCAUUUGUGGAUGAAGAAAGCGUUUUUUUUGACGUUUCCACUUGAUUUGGACGGAAGGUGACCUCCCCCCCUGACAAUUACGGGCCACAUGCCCAGCUCAGAAAGCCAUCGCCAUAAUCACCGACCUCAUCACCUGACUCAGCUUACUGAUCUGACUCUCAUGACUACUGGUGAGCAAAACCCUGUGGGAGAUGUUGCCUUAAAGUACCACUUUUGUUUCUUCUUGUCUUUCUUUUGUUUUUUCUUCUUCAUUUCCUCUUUUCUUUCUUUAUUUCAUCUUUGUUUUGUUUUGUUGGGUGGCUAAAUGUUCCUUCAAGACGUUUUGGUCUCUUCGUUUAAAAAAAAACUUUCCAUCAAUACAUCCAUACAUUCAUAACAGCACAGGUUUUUCUAAUUGACAAUUAGGAACAGUUCACACAAUGUCAAAAGCAUCAAGCAUGGUAAAAUAAAAAGUCCUUGGGUUGGACAAAAACUUCA